ACAUCAUGAAAGAAAUUUGUGCAAACAUGCAAUAUCCUAUUCUCAUCAUUUCGAUAUAGAGUAAACAUAUUAUGAAAUAGAUUAUUUAUACUCAACUGAAAUAGCUCGAAAAGUAAACAGAUAUUUACAUCUCUUUUCAUUGUUUUCUUUACGAAUGUUUUCCAACCGACUGCAAUACACCACUUAUUCUUAAUGAAUACAUCAUUUGUAAAUAAUCACAUCAAUAAUUUAACUAAUAAUAAUUCAAUUGAUGGUAUUGUUACUGAAAACGCCUUAGUAACUGGGAAUGAUGGUCAUCAUGUAUCUGAUUUUCCAACAAAUCCAAUUACUAGAUAUUUUAUUAUCGAAAAACAAGUCGGAAGUUUUGGUCCUGAAUUAGUCUGGAAAGUAUAUGAUGCAAUUCGACGUCAAGAUAAAAAUCCAUGUUCCGUGUUUAUCUUCGAAAAAUCCAUUGCAGAUAAACUUCAUAAACCUCGAAGACGUGAUAUUGUAACAAGUGUACUGAAAAGAGAUGUUCGCCUAUUAACACAAUUACAUCAUCCUAAUCUAUUGCAUAUUGUACACCCAAUUGAAGAAACAAGUGAGACGUUGUCGUUUGCCAGUGAACGUGUAUUCUCAAGUUUGGCUAAUAUACUGGGCAAUUACACAAGGCUACCACAGACGAUAAUUCAACAACUCAAGACGUUUAGGUUCACUGAUAUGGACCGAAAACUUGGAAUUUAUCAGCUUACAGAAAUACUAAGAUUUUUGCAUACUGGUCAAUCCUUAUUCCACAAUAAUGUCUCUCCGAGUUCUAUUUUAAUUACACAUCAAAAUCAAUGGCGACUGGCAUCUGCUGCAUUUUUAGAGCCAACUCGUUUGGAGAACAUUGAUAAAUGUCAAUAUGAAUUAGGUCCUUCACCUUGGACUAGAAAAUGGCCAAAAAUGGCUCGACCAGACUGUCAUUUUUCUGCUCCAGAAUGCUUAACUCUUACAACUUACAGUUUAAAUCCAUUCGCUGGACUACGUACCAAAACAUCUUCAGAUUUGCAUAAUUUUACAAACCGUAACAGUCCAGAUCAUAUAUCAUCAAAGUCAAUCAAAUCUCUUAUUGCAUCAGCAUCCGAUGAUUAUCCUGGACCAUGGUCAGAUAUGUUCUCAUUGGGUUUAAUAAUUUGUUCAUUGUACAAUACUGGUAGUCCAGCUGAAGGGUCUGUUCAAUGGACACAGAACAUACGAAAAAUGGGAGCUGAUUCCAAAGCUUAUCCAAAUGCAGAAUCAAUACUUCAUUGUAAAGAAAAUAUGACUCAAGAGAAUAGCUCAGAAUUUAUUCAUGCAAUGCAUCUAAGUCAAAGUUCAGAUAUUCCUGUAGCAUUCAAAUCAUCUGUUUGUCGUAUGCCACUAGAAUUAGUUGAACCUGUUGAAAAAUUACUGUCCAGAAAUUUACAGAAACGACCUAGUUCUCAAUUGUUUGCACUGCUGAAAUUUUUUAAUGAUCCAACAAUGUUACUAUUAGAUGGAAUUAUCAAUUUUGAUGUCAAGUCUGAUGAUGAUAGAACACGUGCCCUACAAAUUUUACAAAACAAUACAGAAAACCUAUCAAAACCUAUACUUUAUGGUAGAAUAAUUCCGAUACUAACAGAUUUACACUGGAAAUUAGAAAAAAGACAAUUUAUUAGACAAAUCAAUGAUAACAUUGGUCAUAAAUCUUUUCAAAUUACAAAUGAAGAAGCAUGUUUUACAUUCGAUUCACUUUUAAUUGAAGGAUUGGCUCAUCUAAUUGAAACAUGCUCUUCAGCUGAUUAUACAGACUUCAUAGAAAAGAAUUUAAUAAGUAUGCUUGAAAAAAGUUCAAAUUUGAAGACAAAAAUAUGUUUGGUUCGCUAUACAAGAUCAUUUUUAAGACAAGUACCAGAUAAUGUGAUUGAACAGUAUAUCUUGCCAUUAAUAAAAGAAUGUUUAGUAUCGAAUAAUAUUAAUGCUCAAAUUGCAGCCUUGAAGAAUUUAGAAUUGUUAGUUGGAUAUAUUUCAUUUUCUGAUUUAGAAAACAUUGUAUUCCAAAAGAUUAAACAGGCUUUUCGACAAAAAAAUCAACAAUUACAGCUAGCUGCAUUACUCUGUCUAGUUUCAGUGUUAACACGUUUAUCAGAUCAAAUAAUUAUCAAUGAUGUAAUUCCUUUCCUCUUGAAUGUAUCAACUCAACUACAGAUAGAUAAACAGCAACAUAGUAAUGAUCAGAAACAGUUAAAUGAAAUUAGUCGAAUGAAUAUUGAAAACAUACAAAGUAGAUUAACAGUCAAUGAAUGUAUCCAAUAUUCAAAGUUAGAUGAUAAUAAAAACAAUGAUAAUUAUACUAAUAGUAAUAAUAAUAAUAUAGUUGAUCAGAAGCCAGAGGAUAGUAUAGAAGAACAACCAAUAUCUGAACUAUGCAAUGCAUGGAAGAAACUUUUGUAUACAAAAUCUCAUCUAUUGGAACCACAAUUGAUUGCAAGGGAUAUUUUUCCAAGUCUUCUACCGCAUGUAGUCGAUAAGAAUGUCAAUAUAACUGGUUUUCGUAUUUUAAUGUCAACAUUGUAUGCUCUUCUGGAUCUUUUGGAUAUCCCAAACACUGAAACUGAUGAACAGACUGAUUCAACAACACAGUAUAGAACUGUACCUGCUGUGACUGUGAAUGCACCAAGUAUAAGCAGUGGACAGAAUUCAAAACGUUCAUCACAAUGUGAAAAAAUAGAUCAAGCAAAUAUGGGCCCAAGAAAAUCGAUUACACGAGCUGCCGUUCCAUUUGUACCAAUGUUACAUCCAAAUCAACUUAAAGAAUUAGAGAAAAGUCCAAAUAUAACACGACGUGCAAGUGCCCAUGUUAUCUGUCCUUUACCUCCACAGAAUACUGAUUUACGUUUUGAUAAACCAAUGCUUGACUCAAAUUUACCUGACAAAGACAGUACUAUCUCUCUUUCAUUUCUUGGUUUACAAUUGCCAUCAGUUUCAAAAUUACGUAGGCAUAGUUGUGAUGCACAACAAGAAGAUAAAAUGAUCACUUCUUCACAGCUUCAAUUACAUACAAAUAAGGAUAGUUUAUCUAGAAGAAGUAGUGAUCAAUCUUUACAAGAGAAAGAAAUAACAAAUUGGUAUACUAAUCAAAAAUCACGUGGUUUACUCAGUUCAGAUGAGAAAAGUUUACUUACUGCUCAAGUAUGCGAAGGACCAUUUGUACGUGGUGCAAAUUCACAGACAAAGCCAACUUGGAAUUUGGAACCGGUUAAUGAGGCUGUUAAACCAGUCACUACAUUAAGUCAUAAAUUAGGUAGCGAAUUGAACAGCAGACAUCAUGCUUCCCGAAGAUCAAGUUUUACCACCAUUGGAGAUACUGUGAUGAAUUUGUUAACAAAGUGAAUUUUCAUAUCCCUACCAUGAAUAUCUGCUGACUACAAUAAAAUCAGGGGUCAACAGAACUUUAGCGAUACGAGAGAUAAACAAAUUUUAACAGACUGUCUUUUUGACAAUAAUUCUUUCUGUUAAUAUCGUGUAAAAAAAAAUGUUAUCAUUCAGCAAGAAUUAUCAUUAUUACUGUUAUUAUUAUUAUUAUUAUCGUCACCAGUGCUGUCCAACAAUUGACGCAUUUGAUCCUCUGUACUACAUAUAAAUGUUAUACUAUAUCGAUUUUGUCUGACUGGUUUCUUUGAAUAGAAUAAAAGUAUUUCUCAGUCAUUAA